AUGUUGGACAAGCAGAUGAAUGAAUUGGCUCAGAGCAGAAAACAGCAGCCUAUUGUUUCUGAACAGCAAACGUAUAAGCGCUUUCUUACAGUAUGGAGUCGUCAGGUUCAGUCUCCAGAUGGCCGUGUGAUUGAUUGGGAUGUUGCUGGGCACGGCACUCAAGCUCCUGCUUUCGCAACAGUAUUUCCCUACAAUUCUAAAAAGAAAACUGUCCGUUUGCUGGUAGAAUAUGCACAGGGUCCAAACGUCAUGGCAUAUACUUUUGCUGCUGGUGGAUUUGAUGCCAAGAAACAUAAAAACAGCAUUCAAGACACUGCAGAGUCAGAAUUGUCUGAAGAAGCCAAACUGAGAGGUGGUAAAUGGAUUCGACUGAUUCCACCCGAUCACGACGGCAUUCCUGAACUCAAGUGGAGUCGCAACAAAUUCGUUCCAUUUCUUGUGAUUGAUCCAGAGGAUGAUAUAGCUCCACUUUCUUGUGAUACUGAAGAAUACAUUGAACCGUUGGAUAUUUCACUGGAUACAUUGCACACAUAUAUUCUUCAAGGGCUUGUGAUGCUUCCAUCAGUCCAGACUGCACUCAUGGCUACUGACUGGUUAAGAAAAAACGAAUAUAUUUAA